AUGAUGAUUUCUCGUCGAUUAGCUUCUAAAUUCCUUAAACCCUUGUCUUCUUCUUCUUCAUUGCUCCACGCCUCUCACCGUCAUCUCCAUUCCUCUUCUCCGAUAAGAAACCAUCUGAUCCAUGGAUCACAAACUCUUGAGCUAAGUCUCUUAAGAUCCUUCUCUGCUUUCUUCCCCAAUUCCGAAAAGCUCCGAUCUGAAACAUGGUCGCCGAGGUAUUACUCGACACCGACCACCGGAGAAGCCGAUCCGAAGCCGGAAGAGUCGAAGCCAGAGGAACCGAAGAUGAAGCACCAAGAGAUCGAAGGACCAACUGUGGAACGCGACUUGUCGGCGUUAGGAAAUGAGACGAGAGAAGUAUUGGAGAAGAUGAUGAAGAACAUGUACAGUCUAAGUGGAGCAAUGGGUCUGCUAGGUUUAACUCAAUUGAUCGUAGGAGGUACGAUUCUGUACGCGACGAGAUCAGAUCCGAUGCGAGAAAUGACGAUUCAGAGCUGUAUAGCUUUCGGAUUCCCUUUCGCAAUGGCGUUGAUGGUGAGACGAUCGUUGAAGCCAAUGUAUUUCUUCAAGAAGAUGGAGGAAGCAGGGAGGUUGCAGAUUCUUACUUUGACUCUUCAAGUUGCUAAGAAUCUCAAUUUGUUGUUCGUUAGGGGUCGUGUUGUUUCAAUCUUGUGCGUUUGUGUGUUGUGUUGUGGAAACUUGUUCAUCUUGUUAUCUCCAUGA